AUGGACGCAGGCGGUCUCGCUCAAAUGAACUCCAACAACUUCUCCUCGGCCAAUGGCCUCGCCAUGCCCGGCGGCGGACUUGCCUCUCGCCGCGGUGGCCCUGUGAAACCGCUCUCCCUGUCGAACGCCGCUCCCACCAGCAACGCUGCUGACAACGGAGCUCCCACUCCCCGUACCAGCCGCUCUCACCUGCUUGCGGGCCUCAGGACCGCCCCCAAGUCCGCUACUGCGGCCAACUUCUCGGGUGCCAACAAUGGCUUUUACGUUGACCAGGGCCAGAAUGACCACCAGCAGGCUCAGAUUGCUCAGCUCUAUGCUGCGCUAGCUCAGCAGCAGCAUCAGCACCAGCAAGCCCCCCGCGUUCAGGUUUCCCCUCCUCCUGAGAACCACGCCUCCCCGUUCCGCACGGCGACUCCCCCCAAGCGCUACGAGUCACCUUCCGAAGUAGCUCCUCUGCCUCCCCCGUCAGCCAACGCCUUCCGCCGUGGCCAUAAGAAGGUCAUGUCCCUGGCCUUGAAUGGCCAGCCUCUCGCCCUCCCAAGAGCCCCCAAGUCUGCUGGCCCUAAGACGGCCUCUUUCCCCCUCACCCCUCUGUCCGGAGGCUAUGGACCCGGUCAGGGACGUGCCGGCGAGCAUCCCGUCCGCCAGCCCCGUGGACCUCCUUCCAUCGAGGAACUCAAGGCCAAGCCUACCGCAAAGCACGAGGGCAGCAAGAACUUUGCCACUCGCACUCGCCGUUCUGCAGUGCACAAUCUGGUGCGUGCCGGGCGGGAGCGCAGAAAGGGAACUGGCAGCUCUAACGGCAGUAUGAGUCCCGUCUCGGAGAGCGCUGAGGAGGAGUCUGGCACCCCCAUCACCGACAAUGAGUCCGAUUCCGGUCGCAGCGGAUCUGGCAGCCUGGCGGGUGAUAUCGACUGCUCUCUCCCUAGCUCAAGAACUUCCACCAACGGCAGCUGGGGUGCCAUCGGUUCCGACCGCCCAAGCUCGCGUCAGAGAGCCCGCAAGAGCCUUGACAGCGUAAGCAGCAAUGAGAGCGGCGAGAACAGCUUCGCUAGCGUCUUCAAGAACUCGGCUCAGCGUGCCGGGAUCGAAGUGACGGACGGUCAGCGCAAGGCGCCCAUGCUAGUCCUGACCAGCGCUGAGAAGCGAAAGAGCGGCAUCCUGGCAUAG